AACCAUUCUUUCUGCAACGAAACCAGGGCUGGGGAAAUCUCCCCGAGUUAUCAGCUGAAACAGCGCGUCUGCUGGGGGACCCCGGAGCAGCCUCCAGACCCGAAACAGCAGCUCCUCACGUGACAGCCACCCCAAGAGCCAGUUUCAUGGAACAAACACGGAGAAUCCUGAGCCAGCUCCUUCCCACCUCCACUUCCCAGCCCAAGAAGAAAAGAACAUCAGUGCUCUCUUUCUUCUCCAAGGUCUCCUGGAAACUGAAGUUGCAGAAACGGGAGCCUUUGAAGAAUGUGUUUUCCAUCUUGGCAGAAAGAGCCCGGGAUCCUAGCGCUAAAAAGCGCCGUCUGGCGAUGAGAGGCCUGGGCACUGUGGCUUGUGAAGCUCCUGAGAAGCAGGUGAGGCGGUAUAAGAAAGUUCUGCUUGAUCUCCUCGUGAAAGGUCUGUAUGAUCCUGUGAGUUCUGAAGUGAUCCACGAGAGCAUGCAGACCCUGACCAUCGUGCUGGGCAAGAUCCAGGGCCAAGGGCUGGGCUCCUUCUUUGUAGACAUCACCCUCCAGACCAGGACUUUAUUGGAUGAUGAAAAUGACAGUAUGCGGUACUUGGCCUUCAUUCUCUUUGGGCAAUUGGCUGCAUUUGCUGGAAGGAAGUGGAAGAAAUUUUUCACCCACCAGGUUAACCAGACAGGAGAUUCCCUCCUGACCCAUUUACAGGACAAAAGCCCUCAGGUUGCCAAGGAUGGAGCAGCGUUUCCCAAGCGAAGAAGAUCAGAGGAACCCCAGGCUUUCCAGGCAGCUGAGCCACUAUCAUCCAGAGGUCCUGCUGUUCUUCUAUGCCAACAAAAUCCUGUAAGUCCAGAAGAGCAGGGCCCAUGUGACAGGAUGCUUGGGCAUCCUGUUUGCUCUGUCCUGCUUCAUCGGAUACCUCUUUGACUCUCAUGUGACUGCACCAGAAGAGAGAAUGUCAGAGGGCAACUGAAGGCCGAAAAGUCACUCUGGAAGUGUAUAUCUCUGCAUCCCAAGUAAAAGUUCUACACUGGUUAGCUGGAUCUCAUUUCUUCCCUAUACAAAUUACCUCCUCUAAAUUGCGCCUGUGUGUGUACAUGCACACGCAUAUGCAUGAUUGUGGCCGCCAGAGGACGGCCUCAGAGACUGUUCUCCAGGCACCGCCCACCCUUCCAUUGAAACAGGCUCUUCCUGACCUGGGGCUUGCAGAUUCAGCUAUGCUUGAUGGCUGGUGAGCCCCAAAGAUCUGCUGCCUCCUCUCCAGCACUGAGAUUAUAACUAUACUCCAAUGAACCCAGCUUUUUUUUAUUUGUCUAAAACUUUAUUUCAAAGUUAUUCACCUCGCUAUUAGUAAGGCGUUCAGUUAAUGCGCUGUGCCAGUACCUCCAGGCUUGCCCAUUGCCGUCAAUGGACUCUGAGAAAACCCACUUCUUGGCACCCAAACUUUUUUGGGGGUGGGCCUGGUACCUACCCCAGCCCAACAGAUGCACACUUCCUUAAAAACAUUUAACAUACAUGAUGUCCUGAAAGUUCUUUUCUCAGUUCAAGCAUUUCUAAUGUGUAACUUCUGAGGCUUGGGGGAAUAAUUGACACUUUAAGUAUUUUUAAAAUGUAUAUAUUUUCGAUGGUUUGCUAUUUGCUAUUGAUACCUUUUCUUUCCAAGAUACCAAGAAGCUGGCUUGCAAAGUGUCUGUAAUUUCUCAUGGUCUUAAGAUGUCAUUGUCCUAAAAUCACCUUUAAAAAGGAAGACACUCAGAAGAAAUAUUGCUGAAAAUCUGCAGGAUGAUGAUAACUUACAGAAUAAAAACAGUAACAUUUA